AUGGAAGGAGAGAAUGGGUCAAUCGUAACACCUCAAUCAGAAAAAAUAGAAUCAGCUACAUCCGAUCUAUUACCAGCUCCUAUUGUUAUAGAUGAGAUACAAGAGCAAGUAAAUGUUCCAGCAUCUAAAAGAUCUGAGCAGCGUGAGAAACGUCUCAGAGAAUGGGCCAUCGAUCACGAUGAAGAUCCAGAUAAAUUUAUGACGAUAACUGAGAAAGAUAUAAAUUUAUCAAGGAUAUACCGAGAUAGAAUGAUGUCCGAUGCAGAAGUAAUCAAGUUUGCGCGAAAUGAUGGUCUUGAGAAAAACUAA